AUGUUCAGCUUCGGGUGGCCGAAGACGCUCGCGAGCGCGGCGCUCGAUCGCCGCGACGGCGGCGGCGGCGACGCGUCGUCGUCGUCGUCGUCGCCGCCGCCCGGCCGCGUCCUCGCGCUCGCGUCCUCCGCGGGGUGCGUCGCGUUGGUGACAUCGGACGCGGUCGAGAUCUGGAGCGCGGGCGCGCGACGACGCGUCCUCGGCGGCGUCGUCGCGCGCGACGGCGACGACCGAUACGUCUCCGCGGCGUGGCUCGGCGAGGAAGGCGGCGGGAGAGCGACGCUCGCGGUCCUGACGCGCGCGAGCGUCGUCCGCAUCUACGACGCGACGUUCGAUCCCACGUCGGCGUCGGCGUCGGCGUCGGCGUCGGCGUCGGCGUCGGCGUCGGCGUCGGCGUCGGCGGCGUCGGCGUCGCGCGCGGAGAAGAACGGCGAGCGCGCGUCGACGUGCGAGCUGACCCUCCGCGAGACCGUCGCCGUGGACGUCGACGCGCACGGCGAGUGCGUCUGCAUCGCGCGCGGCGAGACGCGCGACGACGCGUCCUUCGUGCUCGGCACCUCGCGCGGCGAGAUCCUCUGGACGCCCGGCGGCGGCGCCGUCGAGGUCGCCUGCGCGCCGUUCCCCGGCGGGUCCGACGCCGUCGUGGACGUCGACUACGACGACGCGCGCCAGCUCGCGGUCGCGUGCGGCGCGAGAGGCUCGUGCGUGUUCAUCGACGCGUGCGUUUCGGCGGCGGACGGGCUGGCGGCGGCGGCGGCGGGCGCCGGCGCCGGCGCGACCCCCGGACCCGGCUCGCCGCCGCCGCACAGCUGGCGACCGCUGGAGAAGUUGAGCUACGUCGCGGGCGACGCGACGGUCGCGCGCGUGUGCGGCGACGCGCGCGCGGUCGCGGUCGGCGCGAGGAACGGGAUCGUGCGCCUGUACCGCGUCGACAUCGCGGACGACGACGGAGCCGAAGCCGAAGGAACGUUGGACGGGCGGAGGACGAUCGCGACGCGGCUGACGGGCGCGGUGUCGCCGUCGGAGCGCGGAUACUCCCCCGCGGACACCGGUCCGGUGACGUCGCUGGCGUGGUGGUGCCCCGCGCGCGACGACGCCUACGCCGACGCCGACGACGGCGUCGCGCGCGUCGCCGUCGGAUGGAAGCGUAAAGGCGUCGGCGUGUGGACCGCGUCCGGGUGUCGAACGAUGUCCACGCGUCCCGACGCCGCCGACGCCGCCGACGCCGCGACGGCCUCCUCCUCCUCCGGAGAAGACGACGCGGACGAGGGCGUCGCCGCCGUCGCUUGGGGCGCGCGCGGGUACCAGCUCUUCACCGCGUCGUCGAAGCGCGUCGGCGGCGCGUUCAGGGAGUAUUCGAUGGCGCGAACGACGGCGCGGAGCGGCCGCGUCGUCGGCGCGAAACGGGGCGCGGCUGGCGGCGGCGAGGACGCGGCGGCCGGCGGCGGCGGCGCCGCGCACGCGUUGCUCGCCGCCGACCGCGUCAUUCUCUUCGACGAAGACUCGCGCGCGCAGCACGUCAUCGUCCCGCACGCGUACGCGUCCGCGCGCUGGCCGAUGCGCCGCGCGUGCCUGAGCGACGGCGGCGAGCACUGCGUCGUCGCGGGCGAGCGCGGGAUGGCGGUGUUCGACGUCGUGAAAAACGAGUGGCGCGCGACGACGGACGCCGCGGACGCGUCCUCCGCCUUCGCGGUGCGGCACCUGCGAUGGGUCGACCCCGGGGUGAUCGUCGCGUGCACGGAGGAGAUGUCGAGCACGUCGACCGGCGGGGGCGCGGGCUCGGGGUGGGGAGCGUGGCUCGGGUUCGGCGGCGCGAGCGGCGGCGACGGCGGCGCGAGCGGCGAGCCGUCGCACGCGAUUCGCGUCUACGCGCCGACGGCGCCGCUGGACGACGCGUCGAUGUUACUUCACCAGGACCUCACGCGCGGGACCACCCCGGUCGCGAUGGCGUCCUCGCGCUGCCACGUCCUCCUCGCGUCCUAUCCCUCCGCAUCCCUCCAGGGCGGGACGCUCGAGGUCGCGGUGUACGCUCUGGGCGUCGACGGCGACGUCGCCGGCGGCGCCGCCGCCGGCGCGAGCGCGUUUCUCACCCCGGCGCGGCGAGUCUCGCUGACGCCAUCGCCGGGGCUGGGAGACAUCCGCGCGGGCGCGUUCGCGAUCGAGAUGCUCCCCGCGAUUCCGUCGAUCGCAUCGGCGGCGGCGGCGGACGAGCGUCCGGAGCGCGUCGCGCCGACGAGAGCGCUCGCGCGCGCCUUCGCCGGCGGCGCCCUCCACGUCUUCGAUCUGGGCGCGUCCGACGCGGACUUCGCGCGGCACGUCGCGUCGCGCCCCGCGUGCGACGGCGUCGACGCGCUGUUCGUGUCGACGGGCGCGGACGACGUCGCGGAGACGCCGAGGUGCUCCGCGGACGUGCGAUGGUCGUGGUGGACGUACGGCGUCGACGGGUGGAGGGCGUGGUACGAGCGCGCAGGCGGGGACGACGCCGCGACGCCAACGCCGUCGCACGGCGGGGGGCGGGGCGGCGACCGCGGCGGCGACGGGUCCUCGCUUCGCGCGUCGCUCACGGGCGCGAUGCCAAACGCCGCGAACGCCGCGGCGAGGCGCGCGCCGGCGGUCGACGACGCGGCGUUUCGAGACCCCGAGCUCGAGUUCGACGCCGAGGCGUAUCCGAUCGGGAUGACGUCGAGCGAUCGCGGCGCGCGAAUCACCGCCGCGGCGAGGACGCUCGUCUCGACGCCGUGCUCGGUCUCGCGCUGCCACGAGAUCGCGCUGAGGCACCAAAACGCGCUGCCGUGCGCGCUUCGGCACCUCCUGCGCGCGGGAGAGAUGGACGCCGCGGCGGCCGUCGCCGCCGCCGCCGCCGCGGAGACGGAGAGAGAGACGCCGCCGCCGCCGCCGACGACGGAUCGCGUCGAAGUCGACGACGGCGGCGAGUCCGACGCGCACGCGCGCGCGCUCGAGUGGCUCGUGCACGCCGCGCUCGACCGCCACGCCGGGCCGUCGAGCUCGAACCACGCGCCCGGGUCGGACGCCGCGCGAGCCGCCGAGCGCGCGCUCGCGGACGCGUUGUCCCUGGCGCGGCGAGACGAGCGACGAUUUCCCGCCGUCGUCGUCGCCGUCGCGCGAAAGUCGGACCCCUCGGAGUGGCCCGCGCUGUUCGCGCGCGCGGGCGACGUCGUCGACUUGCUCGACGCGUCGACGCGCGCGGGGAAGCUUCGCACUUCCGCGGCGUAUUUGGUCGUCGUGGACGCGCUGAAGGGCCACGACGUCUCCGCGAGCGCGGCGGCGGGGUUGUUGCGCGCGGCGUUAUCGCGGCGGCGGUAUUCGCUCGCGGGCGAGCUGACGCGGUUCACCGCCCGGCGACCGGCCGCGGCGGAGGCGACGGCGAACGCGGACGCGUUCGCCGGGAUCGGCGGCGGCGAUGACAUCGCCGCCGCGGUGAGCGGGAUGUUCAAGUGGCUGGGGCUGGGGGGGGCGACGGCGCGCCCGCCGUCGGCGUCCUCCUCGACGUCGCCGCCCACGACGCCGACGACCCCGCUCGACGCGAAGAGCGUCGCCGGCGCCCAGGGCGGCGUCAUCCCGGUGCUCCCUCACGACGCGCGCGUCGCGCUGCGAGAUCACGCGCGGUCGCUCGCGACCGAGAUCGACCUCGGCUCGCUCGCGGUGUUCGCGAGAGAGACGGGUUUCGACGUCGGCGCGUUCUUCGAGAACGAAAAGACCGCCGAGCCCGGCGGCGGCGCGGCGCGUCUGCGCGAUUUCCCCGCCGCGCUCGCGCGCGCCGCGUUUUCGCUUCGGAGGCGUCAGGACGACGACGUGUGGACCGCGUGCGGGCCGAUCCUGCGUCAGAUGGUCGCCGUCGGCGCGGUGGAGUGGGCGCUCGUGACGGCGACGUUGUUGCGAAUGACGGACACGCUCGCGCGCGUGGUGGACGGAAGACGCGAGCUCUUGUCGGCGUGGAGAGAGGGUGUGGAGAAGUGCGCGCAGCGCGCCGCGAGCGUGGGGGACGACGCGCAGGCGCAGUUUCUGCGGUCGCUGUUGAACGACAUGCUCAGAGGGCUCAGCGCGAACGGAAGCGGGGAAGCCUAAACCCUAGAUAAGAGAAGAGAGGUGGACUUGACGACGUAUUAGGCGUCGUUUAAAUUACAUCGCCAUCGCGGCGGCGGUCAGCGUC